GCGCAGUCAGUCCCCGGCGCCCCGACCUGCUGACUCCCGGCGCCAUGACCCCGCCGUCGCCGGACGUCGAAUCAGACGACUGUCUCCCCGAGUACCGCCACCUCUUCUGCCCGGACCUGCUCCGGGACAAAGUGGCCUUUAUCACAGGUGGUGGUUCUGGGAUUGGGUUCCGGAUUGCUGAGAUUUUCAUGAGGCAUGGCUGCCACACAGUCCUUGCCAGCAGGAGCUUCCCGAGAGUGUCCACGGCUGCUGAGAAGCUGGCAGCUGCUACUGGCCAGCAGUGCCUCCCUCUGUCGAUGGAUGUUCGUUCCCCCCCAGCUGUAAUGGUUGCCGUGGACCAGGCACUGAAGAAAUUUGGCAAAAUUGAUAUCCUUAUUAACUGUGCGGCCGGGAACUUCCUGUGUCCUGCUGGCGCACUGUCCUUCAAUGCCUUCAAGACUGUGGUUGACAUCGACACCAUCGGCACCUUCAAUGUGUCUCGAGUGCUCUAUGAGAAGUUCUUCCGGGACCAUGGAGGGGUGAUUGUAAACAUCACUGCAACCCUGUGUUUCCGUGGACAGCUGUUGCAGGUGCAUGCGGGCACUGCCAAGGCAGCUGUGGAUGCUAUGACACGGCACUUGGCUGUGGAGUGGGGUCCCAGGAACAUCCGUGUCAACAGCCUGGCCCCUGGUCCCAUCAGUGGAACCGAGGGACUCCGCAGGCUGGGCAGGUUACAUGCUCCUGGUCUCUUGAGCCCACUGAAGAGGCUGGGGAGCAAGACGGAGAUCGCGCACAGUGUGCUCUACCUGGCAAGCCCCCUGGCUUCCUACGUGACCGGGACGGUGCUCGUGGUGGAUGGGGGGAGCUGGAUGACAUUCCCAAAUGACAUCCGGGGGCUGGUGGAGGUUGAAUCCCACGCUGCUAAGCUCUAGGGAUAGAGGUCACCUCUCCAGACCCUGCGUCUGUCUCUGUAGCAUCCUCUGAUUCCCUAACCGGACCUGGAACCCCUCAACUUGUUUCUCAAGAAGGCAAGGUGAAUCCCGCUCUGACAUACUUUUUGGGGACCCCCCUCCAUUGAAUAAAUCAGACUGGAAUUUUUUCCCCACAGCAGAUUAAAAUAUAAAAUAAC